AUGGGGGACGAACGUCACGACAAUUCUCUAUCGGUGGAAGUGAGCGAUGAGACCGCGUAUAAGGAAAAGACGAGGAUAGCGGAGGUCGCGGCCUCCACGCUGUGCAGGCUGAACAGCUUGAAGAAGCAGAUGAGGGACUGGCGGGACGAUCGCAUGAAAUUAAGAUCCAACAUUUGGCGGCUGAAGCUGGCCCUGCGCGUCGCCGAAAGAGAAACGGACGACACCGUGCACGCGGACCCGUUGGUCGAGCAACAAAGAGCGGAGAUCAAGCGGCUGGAAUCAGUUAACAAAGAAUUGAAAAAGGAGAUCGCUGACGUUAAAGCGGUUCUGCUUAACAGCAGUGGCUACGUCGCGUUCGAAGUGGACGACAAGCUGGUCGGAGUCAAACAGCAGUACCUGGUGGAGAGGGAACGUUUAAACAACGAGAUUAGGUACCUGAAGAGUCGGUUAAACGAAACUGUGGAGGGUCACGAACACGGCUCCGAAGUCGAGCACUUGGAAUGCAAGUUGAAGCACUUUAUGAUGGUCGACCACACUAUGGAGAUCAUAUUUACCGACAUAGUUAACAAAGUCGUGGAAACGAUCGCGAAUCUGUCCGAGGAGCUGGUGAACGUGAACGAACGGUUGCACAGGACGCGAUUAAGGAACGACGGCCUGUACGUCGAGAUCGACGGGCUGAAGGCCAUGCUGCGAUUUAAAAACGGGAACCCGGCGGAUUAUCAGAAGAGAAUCGUCGAGUUAGAGAAUUUGACGAAACGGAUGAAGGGGGAGUUGAACAAGUUUAAAAUGCAUUACGGCGAUGGAUCCUGGACACAGUCGGAUACAAAUUGCCAGGAGAACCUUAAAGCCGUUGUACAAGUGGGCAACGAACUGAAACACAAGCUGAGGAACGAUCGCGACGCGCUUCUAGCCGCGGGCGAUCCGGACUGCUUGAAGUACAUGCAGAAGAUCAUAGAACUGCGCGUCGGCUUGAGACAGCUGCACGUCGAAUUGGUGAAACUCAGCGACGGUCGUACUCCGUCCAUUCAGGAGAACGAUUUCAAGCAGCUCUCGAUCUUAGACUGGACCAUGCAGGAGAUCACCGGCGAGAUCGAUAGAUUAAAGAGCAAUCAUUUGAGAAAGCAUUGUAGGAUCGGCGACAUCGAGGGUCUGGAAUACUUGAGUAAAAUAGAGGAGCUCGAGGCGAUCGUCGAGAAGGCACGAGCGACGAUGAACGGAUUGAAUCGUCGCGCGGAGGGGGGCUCGAACGAAUGGAAAGACAUUGAAAAAUUGGAAGGUUUCGUCGGUAGAAUGUGUUAUGAGAUCAAACAGUUGGAAGUGAUCGUCACGUCUAGCGAUCGUUCAGAUACGUUCAAGAGAAUCGAACAGUUGGAGGAGUUGAUCGGUCGAUUGAAAACGGAGUUGAACGAGAAGGACGAACGGGUUGACAUCCUAGAACAGAAGUUGUUCGACAAGGAAAAUUUGCUGGAGGAGAGGAUGAACGAACUCGAAAACGCGCAGAGAAAAAUUACCACACUAAUGGAAGAGAAUAGAGGUUUGAAAGGGAGGGUUAAGAAGACAGAGGAAAAAAUGUCCGAGCUGUUGAAUGAACACGAACGUUCGAAGAAGGACCUAGAACAAUUGCAACAGGUGAAACGCGAAGCGAGCGCGGCGAGGAAGGGUCUGCAGAAUCUCCAGACUGAUAAGGAAGGAUUAUUGAAGGAAAUGGGAAAAAUUCGUGACACGUUACAGAAGAAGAACGAGGAAAUUAAGGACGUCCUUAGCCAGAAAGAUACCGUGGAGAAGGUAUUAAACGCCCGGAUUACGGAGUUAACGAAGAACCUUCAGGCUGCUGAAAAAGAGAACGAAAAAAUGCAAAGUAAGGUGAACGCACUCGAAGGGGUUAAAUGCAAAGAACCGGGAAAUGUAAACGCUGAAAGGGAAAUCGAAAAUGCAAGGCUCCUGCAGGAGGCGACAAACAGCAACGUCCAACUGCAACGCGAAAUCGCUGAUCUGAAAUCGAAAUUGGAGUUUCGCACCGAUGAUAACAAGAGACUGGAAGCAAAUAACGUUCACUUAGAAUCGAAAAUGGAGAUGCUGCUUUGUCAACUGUGCGCCGAGAGAAAUAACACCGAAGAAAGAUCGCAGGAGUUCGCGAAGUUGAAAUCGGAUUACAACGACUCGGAAGCGGAAAGGGCGAGCCUGAAACAGGAGAAGGAACAAUUGAGCGCGAAAUUGACGACCUUAAAACUGGAGAACGAACUGCUUGAAAAAUCGGUGAAACAGGCACAGGCGAAAUGCGUCGCGCUCAACAACGAAAUUGAUAAAUAUAAAUUCGAGCGGGACAGUCUGCGCGAGGAAAUACAAAACUUCCGAACGAGCGAGAAAAAUUUAACUAACAAAUUAAAAGAGACGGAAGCGGUAUUGAACGGAACCGGGGACAGGAUACGGCGAUUAGAAUUUGAAAAUUCGAAGCUGUACGACGAUUUGAACGCGUUGACGAUAAAGAACACCGGCUUCGAAGGCAGAGUGCAAAUACUUUUGUCGCAAAAGAAUGAGAACGAGACGCUGAUGAAGAAUCUGAACGAUGAAAAUUCCACGCUGAGAGAUCAGCUGAAUGAAAUUAAAACGACGCACGAAUACUGUUCCGUCGAAUCGAACAAAUUGAGAGUAGAACGCGACAAAAUGAAAUCAGAGAAUGAUGUUCUGCAAACUACGCUCGACGAGGUGAAACAGAGCAACCGCAUGCUGAAGGGUGCGAACGAAGACCUGAAACUGAAGCUCAGCGAAAUUCACAGCGAAUGCAGGAUAUUGGGAAACCAGUUGAAAAUUCUAGAAAUGAUGAAUGCGACGCUGAAAAAGGAGAAAGAGCUGUUGGAACAGGAAUUUGUAAACAGUUUGGAGUUCAAGACAAGAAGAGUGGAUGAAGAGGAAUCGAUGGUGUGCAGCGACUCGAAGUUCAGCGAACAAAAUGUGCAAGGGAAGAUAGUGAACGAGACGAAAUCUAGUAAGCACACGAAAUCCGGUAAACACACGAGUAAAACGAAGAAAUCGGAUGAACUGAAGAAGCUGAAAGUAGAGAACGAGUCUUUGAGAUUCGAGGUACUGAACUUGAAAAGCCAGAACAUUGAGACCAAGGCGCAGUUGUCUCGCAUGAUGGACAAACUUCAAAUCCCGAAAGUCACGGAAGACAACGGUAGCGGAAUCACCGUCAAACCUCUUUCGAACAAAUUGGAGAUCGUGAAUCUGUAUUACAAAGAAAUUAAGAGCUAUUCGGACCACUCUCCGGAAAAUGCAGGCGCGGUGACAGCCGUCGGUCCAUCGACCGUAUGCGCUUACUCCAGUUUAAUACCGGAAAAAGACACCGGAAUGGAAAUGGAGAGAUUGAUAGACAUCAUGAAGAAACUGAAAGUCGAGAACGUUGCGUUGAAAAUGGAGGUGAACUCUUUGAGGUGCAGCUUGGUCGUUCAUUUCACGGAAGACGAGAAGAGGAGAAACGAGCUGCGGACAACGACAGAAGAAAUUCAGGCACUAAAAGCGGAAUUGACGAAGCUGAGGGACGAAAGGGAGUCCUUAUGGUUUCGACUGCAUACAACUGGAGCGAAAUUGGAUCGGUUAGAAUCUGAGAAGACUGCUUUGAAGGACGAGCUUUACACAUUGAGGAAAAUCAAUUCCGAGCUAAAAUACAAGGCGAACGUAUUGGAGCAAGAUUAUCAAAAGUUAAAGGAAAAAAGCGUAGGAUUCGAGGGGGGCAUCGUGAGGGCGAUUAAAAGGAUAAAGAAAUAUACGAUAGGCGCAGAGAAUCAGGACAAUACGAGUGAUGAUCUGAAAUUUCUUCUGAAAAAAUAUAUUUCAAACGAGGAAGUUCUUCGUUCACUCGAGAAAGGAAUAGAUCUACAAGGAAGAUGAAAUAAAAAUUGAAUCUACAGCGCGUUGUAAUCUCCCAAUACUGAUUUUAUCAAGCUAUUAUAUGCAAUGAUUGCAUUAGCUAUUGUGAUAGCAAAAUCAUGUUUACGUCUGCAUAGAUACUAGGAAGCAUGUGUAUAAUGUGUAUAAAUCAAUCAUAGCAUACCGAAAUGCACUAUUAUUAUCAUCCAUAAUAUAAGCUAAAAUUUCUGCUCAAGAUUAUUUUGGUAAAACGAUGAGAUUCUGUAACAUAGUUUAUAUUCAUCCAUUGGAAAAUAUAAAUUGGUACACCGAAAGGAAAUUGCGGAUUUGAGCCAUGUGCUAUUAAUGCCUUAUCGAAUGAGCUGAGGAAUUCAAGAAAUUACUUGAAAAGGUGAAACGUCAUAAGGGCAUGACGAUAUAGCAAAUUCUU